CAGUAUUAGAGGGUCCCCUGCCCUAACUGAACUCAUUUACGGACCAUUACAUAUAGUUAGCCAGCUACACGAGCUGAGGCCAAGCUAAGUUUGAGCCAAUGUUGGUCUAAACAGAUCGAACUCUCCCCCUCCCUCCCUUCCAUGGCAUGUAUGCUUCAAUUAGACAUCCUCAUCAUAAUGUACAACAACAACAACAACAACAACAACAACAACAACAACAACAACCAAAGCUCCGACCACAAGCCACCACCCCCGAUGAGCCCUCGGAUCUCUUUCUCCAACGACUUUGUCGAAUCCAGCAGGUCCUAUUACAGGGACGCCCCGGUUUCUACCGAUUUCGAGUUCUCGGUCUCCAACCAGCACCCCAUGACGACCAUGACCGCGGACGAGCUCUUCUCCAAGGGCAGGCUACUGCCCUACCGAGAGACACCCCGCCCCGUGGCUGCCCCUAAUAGUACUAGGCCCACCACUCUCAAGGACGAGCUUCUUGUUGAGGAUUCUGAUUUUUCUUCUCUCAAGCCCCCCAAGAGCUCUGCCAGGUGGAAAGGCUUUUUGGGUCUCAGAAAGUCUCACAUUGGCUCCAAAAGAGUUGACAAUAAGAAUGAAGAUAAGAGAGAGGAGGAGAUGCAGGAGGGGUUGCAUGGUGGAGGCUCAUACAGAGAUCCGGAGUUUCAAUUCUGAUUGAUUGAUAGUUUGACGACGUUAUGCUAGCUUCUUAGAGUCUAUAUAAAGCUCACAUUCUUGCAAGAAUUGGUGCUUCAUUGGUGAGGGGGGAAUAUAUAUAAUUCAUUUGUGUUGUAGCCAUAUAUAUCUUAAUUAGCUAGCUAGGAAUUAGUAUGACUUCUCUUUUAAAUUAAUUAGAAAGUUUGUUUUGGGUGAGGAGAAACACGCAUCGGCAUUACGAAUGUUUAAUGUUUAUGCUUGUCUCUUUGGAAAAUGGGGUAAUGUAGCAUUUCUUAAGCUGUUUCAAGUUUGUUUGAUUAGUCUUUUGGUUGAUUGACUUGUUUCUUUAAUCAAUUUUUCGUUCUUCU